UCCGAGUUCUACAGGUGAUUCCGAGUCGUAUUUACAGACACAUCGUCGCAAGGCACCGUGUUGCCCGACUGAUAUUGUCUGAAUACUCGAGCACCCUACUCAUUAAUCAUGGCAAUCACUUAUCCCCCUGUUCACACUGUCGAACGCAUCGAUCGAUCAGACAUCGAUGGAAUAAUCAAAGCCAUUGCCCAUAACGGUUGCUGCAUUGUAAAAAACUUUACCGAUGCUGCGACUGUAGCAAAAGUCAACGAGGAGACACGCCCGUAUCUUGAUGCUGACAAGCCAUGGAAGGGAGAUCUGUUCCCACCAGAGACCCGAAGAUGUGCCAACCUGGCCGGACGAAGCAGGACGGCGCGAGAGAAGUGGCUCGUGGAUCCCUUACUCCGGGCAUGUAACUCCAAGUUUGUCGACAAGACGACGUCCAACUAUUAUGGUGAGACCGAGCACACGUACACGAGCCAAGCUGUGUGCACAAUUGCUGUCACUUUUGAGAUUGGUCCUGGCGGAAAGGCUCAGAGGCUCCACCGCGACGACAAGAAUUACCAUAUGUAUCACCCAGACCAGACCAAAACGGGUUAUCAAUUUGGGACCGAUGUCGAAAUGGCCUUUCUGAUUCCGGGAGUGAAAACCACCAGGGAGAACGGGGCGACAUUGGCUAUUCCUGGCAGUCACCUUUGGGAUUCCCGCCGAGUCCCGAAGAUUGAUGAAUCGGUUACUUACGCGGAAAUGGAAGUCGGGGAUUGUUGGAUCAUGCUGGGUGGGCUAUAUCAUGCAGGAGGUGCCAACAUCACCCAGGCCGAGAGAAGAAGCGUCCACGGCCUGUUCUUCUCGACGGGCUAUCUCCGCCAGGAAGAGAACAUUUACCUGGCCAACUCGGCUGAGGAGGUGUUGUCUUGGAGCCCAGAGGCACAAAAGGCCCUUGGAUACUCGCUGUCCAGUCCAAACAUCGGCUUUGUGGAAUUCAUACAUCCUUUGCAAUAUCUCAGAGGUGUCUGUCCGGAAGAUGGUCUGGGAGAUUUCGAUCCAUCACAGGAGAAGCAUCAGUGAUUGCAAGAUCUUUCAUAUAGCAGGCUUGGGUAGAAAUGUCAAAAAGCAUGACCAUACCGUAUGGACAUAGAGGACAUAGAGGACAAGCAC